AGCAGAGCGUCACGUGCUCGAGUCCCGUAGAGCGGAAGUGGAAACUCUCAUUUUCCGGUCUCAACCCUCCCCAUGUCCGCCCGGAGACACUCAACUAUCGACUGUUGUUGGGACGGAUGAAACUUGUGCCGCUUCAAUGUUUUCACCAUGGCCUCUUUUUAACUUUCGGUUUGUGUGCUCAUUCCGUCCUGUUUGUCUCACACGGCUCCGUGUUUACGCUGCUGCUCCGCCGGGCUCGGCUCACUUCUGCCUUCCGUCCUUGUUUUAGCCUCAUUGUCAUGCAAAGAUGCGCUAACUUUCAUUCUGGUGCAUUUUUCAGCGAGGAUGCACUAACUGUUGAGUAAAAGAAAGAGUUGGUCGUGUAGUUGUUCACUUUGAGACUGAGACUUAUGUUUUGCCCCUCAGGAUAGAAUGGAUCCCAGUGGAGCCACCAGUCCCUCCUCUGGGUCGCCCGUGGGUGCCAAGGGACAAGCUGCACAGAGUGGUCAGAGGCCCAAAGUAAAGAUAACUCCCUUCCACAGCUCCCCUAUAGCCAGCAGUGAUGGAGCUCUCCGCAGCAAACGGCCAGGAGCAGCUUCUGGGAAACCGCUGGCAUCUGCUGGCAGCCUGUUGCAGCAGGGCUCACCUGGUGGGCUGCCCGCUCCACCUGCUAGAGAGAGGCAGACCGCUGCAGCCUGGAGCUCAGCAGAGCUUCCCCCCAAACCAGGCUCUGUACCCGGCACAGCAGCGGCCACAGCACAGGGUCCUGGAAAGCCUCUUGGAAGGAAGGAACCAAAGUCUGGCCAGACAGAAUCACUGAAGUCUGGACCAGCAGCUAAUGUGGUGCGUCAUCCCAGUCAGAAAGGCAAGGAGAUGAGAGCUGUCUCCAAACCUCAGUCAGCUGUGAAGAGGAAGAAGAGGAAGAUGGGGAUGUAUAACCUGGUCCCCAAGAAGAAGGUCAAGGCCCUUAAACAUCAGGAGAAGGAGGAGCCAGAGGCCACUGUGGAGAAGACCCCGACUGCAGCAGAUAAGAAAUCAGUGAUUCUACCAGAGCCUGUCAAGGCUACAGAGCCACCAGUCACCAGAAAUGAAUCAGUGAUGAAGGGGGAGCCUGGAGAGGGCAGCCAUGUUGAAUACACAGAGCUGACUUUGGAUUGUCUGGACUUGAAAGCUCAGGAGGAGCUGCUCUCACCUCCCCUGUCCGGUGUGGCAGGGGAUGCUGAGGUGACAGAAUCAGACCUGGCUGAGGAGUUACCGCUGUGCUGCUGCCGGAUGGAGACUCCCCACAGUGGUGGAAGCUUGUCUACACUGGAUCAGAUGUGCAUGGCCAUGGAAAGCACAGAUGGAAUGCUGAGUCGUUGCCAAAGGCGAGUGAUGAAGCAUGAAAUGAUGCGACCCUCCAACACGGUCCAUCUGCUGGUUCUGUGUGAGGACCACCGGGCCGGCAUGGUUAAGCACCAGUGCUGCCCUGGCUGUGGACUCUUCUGCAGAGCGGGCACCUUCAUGGAGUGUAGGCCGUACGGCAGCAUCUCCCACCGCUUCCACCGGGACUGUGCCUCCAUCUUGAAAGAUCUCAAGUUUUGCCCUCACUGCGGAGAGGAUGCCAGCGGGGCGAAGGAGGUCACCGUGCCGAUGGCUGAUCAGUCGCCCUCCGUGCCCAGAUCAAACCCUGGGCCAUCGCUACCUGCCGUGCCCACUGUGGCCACACUGCCGUCUGUACCAACCAUUCCUGCCGUUCCACAGGUACUCCGAGCUAAGAAGACCAGUGAACCACAGAGGAGCAGAGAGGAUGAGAGCCCUAGCAGGUUAAAGUUCGAGGCUGUGUGUGCUACAGAUAGACUACCUAAGGAGUCUCUGGAGAGCAUCCUGAUGGCAUUGGAUGAUGAGAACCUAAAACCAAAGAAAGUGAAGUACCCCACCAGACAGCUGUACAUCUCAGCAAAACAGGGAGAGCUCCAGAAGGUCAUUCAUCUCCUAGUUGAUGGGAAGGACCCCAACUUUUUGAUGGAGGGCCAGAACAGACGCACCCCUCUUCACGCAGCAGCUGCUGAGGGUCACCAUGAGGUCUGCCACAUGUUGGUCCAGGCUGGAGCCAAUCUGGACAUGUUUGAUGAGGAACAGAGAACUCCACUGAUGGCAGCCUGUGAAGGCAACCACCUGGACACAGUGAAGUACCUGCUGAGAGCUGGAGCAUCUGUCAGCCACAAGGAUAUCAUGGGUUUCACCUGUCUGCAUCUGGCAGCUAAACUGGGACAUUAUGACAUAGCCCAUCAUCUACUUUCCAAGGCAUCCAAAUACAUCAACUGUCAGGAUGAUGGGGGAUGGACUCCCAUCACCUGGGCCACAGAGUAUAAGCACAAGGAGCUGGUUCACCUGCUUCUGUCCAGAGGGGCCGAUGUGAACAUCAGAGACAAGGAAGAGAAUGUCUGUCUGCACUGGGCGGCUCUGUCGGGCUGUGAUGACAUCGCCCAGGCUCUACUGGAAGCCCGAUGUGACCUCAAUGCUGUCAACGUCCACGGUGACACACCACUACAUGUCGCUGCCAGAGAGAACCACCUGGAGUGUGUGAUGUUGUUUCUGUCUCGUGGAGCUGACGUCAAUCAGAGAAACCGGGAGGGAGAGGAGGUGUCGGACUGCUGUGUCUAUGGCUCCAAGGUGUGGACGGCCCUCAACACCAACAAGAAGCUGACUGACGCCAGGAGAGGAAGGGACUGUCAGGGAGAGAGACUGCUCAGCAGGGACAUCUCUCGGGGGUACGAGGCCGUUCCUAUCACCUGUGUUAAUGGUGUCGACAAUGAGCCGUGUCCAGAAAACUUUAAAUACAUACCAGACAGCUGUGUCACCUCCCCACUGAACAUAGACAAGGACAUCACUCACUUACAGCACUGCAGCUGCACAGAUGACUGCUUAUCCAGUACCUGUGUGUGUGGUCAGCUCAGUCUGCGAUGUUGGUAUGAUAGCGAGGGUCGACUACCCCUGGACUUCUGUCAGCGGGAGCCCCCAGUGUUGUUUGAGUGCAACCACGCCUGCUCCUGCUGGAGGACCUGCAGGAACAGAGUGGUCCAGAAUGGACUGAGAGCUCGGCUGCAGCUCUUCAGGACCCAGAAGAUGGGCUGGGGAGUGAGGGCCAUGCAGGAUAUCCCUCAAGGAACAUUCAUUUGCGAGUAUGUCGGGGAGAUCAUCACUGAUGCAGAGGCCGACAAAAGGGAGAAUGACUCUUUCCUCUUCACCCUCGACAACAAGGUGGAGGAGGUACACUGUAUUGAUGCAAGGCUCUUUGGCAACAUCGGCCGCUUCAUCAACCAUCUGUGUGAGCCCAAUGCGCUGGCUGUGAGGGUGUUCACCAUGCACCAGGAUCUACGCUUCCCCAGGAUAGCCUUGUUCUCCUGCAGGCCCAUCAAAGCUGGAGACCAGAUUGGGUUCGACUAUGGCGAUCACUACUGGAAGGUGAAGAGCAAGUUCUUCAGCUGCCACUGUGGUUCUGUGAAGUGUCGCCACUCAGCUGCUAGCAGAUAGAAAACUGAUGACCAAUGUCUGUCUGGACACAUUCUGUGACCUCCCUAACGUCAGAAACACUGCCUUCUGAACCAGCUUCCACGUAAAAGAAUGAUGCUUUAUUAGGAAAACACCGACAGGAUUUAUUUAUAUCUUAACAAGGUUACUUUUCUAUAUGAAGAACACUCAGUUUAACUAGUUUUAAAGAGCCAACAGUCAGAUGAUUUAACAUGGACUCUUUCAUUAAUACAAUGUGUUUUAUUCGUCUAAUAAUGAAGUGAAAUGAUAUUUUUGGUAGUCUGACCUCGUCUAUGAAUGUGCUUUUUACUACAUGUCAAACUAGUGAUUAAACACAUUUUUAAAGCA